GCUUUCUUUAUUGUUUCAUUUUUUUCAUGUAACAAUAAUAUUAGUUAUAUAUCUGCUAUUAUUAUGUUUGGGAAUAAAGAAGGACCACAAAUUGAAGGAAAGAAUUAGUAUUGUUUGAAAUUGCAAUAUUUGAAAAUCUAUUGUUGAUAAUACCUAUAAUUCGCGCGGAAACUUCAUACCGAACAUAACCUGAAAAGAUAUUGAUAUACAUAUGUGAUUCAAGUAUACGUAAUGUGUAAGCAUGUAUACGCAAUAGAUCUGAUAUACUUACAAGAUGGGGUUAAUUAAGUAAUUACGGAGAAAUGCGAAUAUUAAUUACUAUACCAAUUGAAUGGAUAGAAACAGCAAGAUAUCGAGUAAAUAGAUGAAAAUGUAUUUUACUGAAUUUUGAAGAAAUUUACAGUAUGGAGGACUUAAAAUGUAAAUUUUUCGGUCUUAUUAACAAGCAGAAUGCAACCAAAAUUCCAUUAAUGGGUUUACAUCCAGAUCUACUUAAUCCAUCAGAAUCUCAGAAAUCAGAUGAUAUACAAUCAGAAGCUGACCAAUCAACAGAAAGUGAACCUAUCCCUGAUCAAGACAUAUUAGAAUCUAUAGAAGAGAUUUAUUUUAAUACAGACCAUAAUUUUGAUCCUUGUAGACACGAAUUGGAGAAGUUACCAAAGGUGUUGCAAUCUAAAGAAAUUGAAAAAUGUUACAAGAAACUCAAACAGCAACAUCAAGUUGUUUCUAAGAAAGUUCUACAACUUAUAUUACAAAAGCAGAAUGCUUGUAACAAAGAGUUUGAAAAAAUUUUACUGAUACAAGAACAAUUACAGGAUGUGUUAGAAAUUUGCAGAAUGGGAAGAGCAGAUUUAAAAUUAGCUGAAAGGCAAUUUACUACAGCUAGUUUAGGAAUAUUAGCAAAUUAUCAAAAAAGGCAGAUCAUAGAAGAAUUAUUGAAUAAUUUAAAUACUAUCAAGACAUUGCAACGUACAGGAGAUAGAUUACAGGAGUUAUUAAAUGAAAAAAAUUAUCCCAGAGCAAUCUCGUUACUUUUAGAAUGUCAAAGUGCUGCACAGACAUAUAAACAUUUCCAUUGUAUUGCUGCUUUAAAUGGAAAAUUACAGGAUAUUUUAGAACAAGCAGAGGAAGCCUUGGAUGUUACACUAUCAAAGAUGUGCACGCAAUUCGAUGUAACAAUAUAUACGUCUAUUCAAGAAGCUUAUACUCUAUUAGGAAAAACUCAAUCUGCGAUGGAUCAAUUGCAUAUGCAUUUUACUGCUGCAAUUCACAAUACUGCUUUUGCAGCUGUUCAUUCGUAUGCGGGCGGAGAUACAAAGAGACAAUAUAAACAACUUUGUCAAUCAGUGCCCCGGGAAAGUUGCAUUAUUUGUCUAACAGAAUUGUGUAAAUCAUUGUGGACAAUAUUAAGCUCUUAUUAUUUGGUAGUAAAUUGGCAUAACACACAAGAAAAUAAAGUUAAACUUAAAGCUGAUGUAAAAGAUUUAGAAGAGACUUUUAGCAAACAAUAUGUGAAGCAUAAAUUAGAAAACAGUAUGAUUCGUAUAUGGCAUGACGUUGAAAUGAAGAUUUCGAUAUUUUUAAUGAACGCUGAUUUAACUUACAUUAAAUUUGAGCAAUUUGUUCAAGUUUUAGGUAUAGUUAACAGAUUAAUGGAAAUUGGGGAGGAGUUAUGUGGUUUUAAGUCAGAAAAUCUGCAAGAAUCUAUAAGGAAGCAAUCAUUGUCAUAUUUUUCUCAUUAUCACGCAUCGAGACUAGAUGAACUCAGGAUAUUUUUAGAAAACGAUGGGUGGGAAUUGUGCCCCGUGAAAUCGAAUUUUGUGGCAACUCAGUUACAGGAAUUUAAGAGUUUAAAACCAUCGCUAAACAGUUGUAAAGUAUGGAACAAUUUUGAUAACUCUAACAUUGGUGAAAAUGAUAAUCCUAUAAGUAUAGAGUGGAUUCAGAAAUAUUUAGAAGGGGGGUCAUCGCCAUUCUCUAUAGGUCUAGAUGAUACCAUGGACGAAGAUAUUUUGAUAAGUAAUGAAGAUAAUCCUCCAGAAUAUUUUUCGGAUGAAUCGGACGAUGAUAUCCCUGAUGAAUUAAAACACGAAUACGUUGAUGAUUCAGAUCAUGUUAAAACAAAUAAAAAAAAGUGUAAACUAAAACAAUCAGGGCCCAUGGUUACAAACACAACACUAAGUAUAUUGCGCAUUUGUGGAAAGUAUUUGCAAAUGUCUAGAUUAUUACGAUCAAUCGCAGUUACGGUUAUACAAAGUAUGAUACAGUUUUACGAGUUAUGUUUUUAUACUGUACAUUUAUUCUUUACUUCAGAUUUGCAAAUAAAUAGUGAUUCUUUAUAUAGUCCAAAAUUGAAACUAUCUCUAGCAAGAAUUAAGGAGAAUUUAAUCAUUUAUGAAAAUGAUACGGAAGAUAACAUUAAAUUAAAUUCCGAUAAAGUACGACAGCCACAGCUCUCUUCCAUUGUAAAUUUAUCGCAACCGGAAAAGCUUCACGGUUUGACUGAACGUGUCGUAGGAGUGGAAUCUCUAAUAUUUUUGGGUCGUCAAUACGAAAGUUUGAAGCCGUACUUGGAACAUCUUAUCGGUGCUAGCCCACAACGUGGUUUCCUUCACCAAUUUUAUAUGCAAACAAUAGCAUCGAGCACGGAUUUAAGGAAACCGGUAUAUAUGGCGGUUGCAUCUCGAGCAUUUGAUGUUUCAAAUAUUUUAAAUUUAAUGAAUAAAGUUAAUUGGGAGGUGACUGACGUUAUGUCUCAACAUAGUGGGUAUAUUGAUGCAUUACUUCAGGAAAUAUAUAUAUUAAAUGAAAGAUUGAAAAACAUCGGAAGUUGUCUUCCUUUAGCGGACGAUGUAUAUAACGCUGUCUGGGAAAAUGUGGCACAUCUAAUAACUCAUACAUUAGUAGAGGGAUUUUCUAAUGCUAAAAAAUGUUCGAACGGUGGCAGAGCACUAAUGCAACUCGAUUUUACGCAAUUGAAAUCGAAGUUUGAGACAUUGACUUCUUUAAGGCCAAUGCCUCACAGAGAAUAUGUUGAAUUAUAUAUUAAAGCUUACUAUCUUCCAGAGAAUAGUUUGGAAGAAUGGAUAAGGGAACACAAGGAAUAUUCUGUGAAACAUUUAAUUGGCAUAGUUUCUUCAGCUUGUCAAAAUAAUAAAAAAACUCGUCAGCGUCUAAUUGCAUUCAUAGAAGAACAACGGCCUAGUAGAUAGCAUAGGUCUAUAUAUUAUAAUACGUCUCAAGAUUAUAUCGAAAUAGGAAUUGCAUAAAGGACGAAUUUUUAGGAAUAAUUUGAAAAGAGGAAAAUGAAAAGGAUAUAUUUUCUUCGUGUACAUAUUCGGGAACUUUUACUAUAUCACUAAAGUAAGCAAGCUCAUUUAAGAACUCUUUAAUUUUUUCGACACUUUUGUUUACUCAGUGCACGGAUUAAAUCCAUCGAUAUGGGCUCUUAAAAGGAUGUUAGUUCGUAAAAUUGAAAGUAUGUGAUAAAGUACGAAAUUGUUAAUUCUGAUGUAUGUCAAUACAAUGUAAGUAAUAUUGGCUAAAGGAAUCUCAUAUUGAAAUUUAGAGUUGCAAUCAAAUUCAUAGAGUAUUAUUAUUACAAUUAACAAUUACAAACAUUUCACAUUAUGUGAAUGAUAUAUAUACAUAUAUAUAUUAAUAUAUAUUAAUAUAUAUAUUAAUAAUUAUAUAUAUAUAUAUAGUUCAUUAUUCAGAUCUAUUACAGCAUCGUCGAAAGUCUGAAUAAAAAAUAUCUGCACUUUGAAUCUCAAAGAAGGAAUUUAAUGUUAUUGGAUCUGUUGAUAAAAAAAUUUUGCUCGUCUCGAGCCUUUUCACUCAAUCAUUGUAAAGCAAGGUGUACAUAAUUUUAUUUCAUAUUCAUUUUAUUUUCAUAGCUCUUUUUAUAAUAUAAUAAUUAUAUAUAUAUAUAUAUAUAUAUAUAUAUAUAUAAUAUGAAAUAUUUUUUAAACAUAUAUAUUAUUCCACAUAAGAAUCGUAGUUUUUAUAAAGUUAUUAUGUUUUAAUAUUUUUAUGACCAGAGUUUAUAGAUCUUAUAAAAAAAACACAAUCCAUUGUCAGAUUAUCAGCUAGAUAGUUGUAAUAAUUUGUAAAUAUUUAAAUAAUUAUUUCUCGAAAUUAAGUGCAAUUAUAACUAUUUUGUUUAAAAAUGAUAUUUUACAUUUUGAAAGAAUGCUUUUAUAAUUUAAAGGUGUCUUUAUUAUACAAAUAAUAAUAAUAAUAUACAAGUACAUUUUUGCUGGAUUCAUCGGUUUCCAAUUUUGUAAAAAUUAUUGUUAUUUAUCUAUAUAGUAUUCAAUGUAGCAUUACAUUUAUCAUAUAUUUUUAUAUCCUUUAUUUGUACUAAAAACCAAAAAAUUCUAUUGCACCUCUAAUUACUAUUCGUAUUUUAACAUUCAACUUCGUUUUGAGGAAUGUGUUUGUUUUUAACUAUUACACCAUUCGAAAAUUCAUAUAAAGCGAUUAAUUAGUUCAUUGUAUGAUUAUCUAUAAUCUGCUUUAUACUACCAUUUUCAAAAUAGAGAAAUAACUGAAAAUACUCUUUCAUAAAUAAUAUUCCAAUAUGACUGAAAAAUGUUUCGUUCCUUUUUAUUUAAUGACUAUGUAAUUAUAAAAUUGGUUAAUAAUGGUGCAUUGAGAAUUCUCUGGCUAAUAGUAUUAUGGGUCAGCGUUUCCCAAUUUCUUUUAUCUAUAUGGAUCGUAUCUACUUUAAGUAAACUUUGUUUAAGAUUAAAAGACAGUUGUGCUCUCUAAAUUUAUCUAUUCUUUCGUCUACGGAGUUAAAUUACGUAUGAAAUAUGGCCUUUAUAUAUUAUCCUUUUAAUUUUUAUGAAACAAAGAACACGAUCCAUGAAGUGUAAACGUUAAGAAACGCUGAUAAUUGUAUUGAAGUAACCAAUUUCUUCCUUACUCCAAAGCGUUUUAUAUCGAGCCCUGCAUUCUGAAUGGCCCCUGUUAAAACAAAUCGUUGGAAAAUGUAGCUGAUACAUAUAUGUGUGAACUAAACAAUGGAAAUAUGAUGAUACCAAAUGCUUACUUUGACAAUAAGCCUAUUUGACAAUGUUAUUUAUUAGUAUUGCGUUAAAAAACGUAUGCUCUAACUAUAAUGAAAAACGCAUACGCCUUGUUUUUUUUUCUUUCUGCUCAUUUUUAAACCUAAAUUCAGUAUCUUGACUAUAAAUGCUUUUGUUAUUUCACACUGAAUGAAGAAUGAAUAAAUAUAUUACUGCUAGCUAAAA